AUGGAAGUGGACGCAUUGUGUGAUAAGAAUGGCUUGCGACUAGUGACUUUCAAUGUGAAUGGUGUACGAACACUAUUCCAACAUUAUCCAUUUAGUAGAAUGAACAAUUCUCUGAAGGAAGCUUUCGAGUUAUUUAAAGCGGACAUUAUAACAUUCCAAGAGCUCAAGAUAGAUGCAAGCAGUAUUCAGAAAUGGGGUAGGAUCGAUGGAUAUCAAUCAUAUAUAAGUAUUCCUCGGAAGAAGAAAGGUUACAGCGGGGUUGGUUGUUGGGUUCGCCAACCAACGACGGAAAACGAUCCAUUGAGAAAACACUUACAAGUUAUCAAGGCUGAAGAGGGUAUUACUGGACUACUUACAACGCAUAACAAAGGAUUAAGUUAUAGAAAUAGUCCAGAUGGUAUAGGAGGGUACACGGGCUUAGAUGUUGUGGAUGAAGAACAAUUGAUUAAUAUUGACAGCGAAGGGCGAUGCGUUUUAAUAGAAUUGGCAUGUAAUAUAGUAGUGAUUUCAACUUAUUGCCCAGCAAAUUCAACACAAACUGAGGAAGGAGAGCGUUCUAGACUAUUGUUUCUGAAUAUCUUGUUCAAAAGGAUAAGAAAUCUCUAUGAAUUAGGGAAGCAAGUGGUCCUAAUGGGUGAUAUUAACGUUUGCAGAGAUUUAAUUGACCAGGCAGUGGGUCUUGAUGAAUCGAAUAUUUCAGUAUCAGAGUAUAAAACUGGAUCCCAAAUUGAAGAAACAUUCAAAGAUAAGUGCAUCGAGUUUAUUAUGGAACCUACUCGGGUUGGAAGAAGAUUACUCAACUCAAUGUUAUGCGAUUCUAUAAUACCACAGUAUGCUGAAAAGGGUAUAUUGGUCGACACGACGCGUGAAAUACAAGGAAGGGAUCGAACAAAAAUGUACACAGUUUGGAAUACUUUACUUAAUACAAGACCCAUUAACUACGGCUCCCGCAUUGAUUUCGUGUUUGUUACAAAGGAUUUGCGAGAGAGAAUCGUCAAUGGAAAUAUUUUAAAUACUGUUAUGGGAUCAGACCAUUGCCCCGUAUUUGCAGACUUGAAAAUAGAUAAUAUGGAUAUCAAUGAAACACCAGUUAUUAAACCCAAGUUUGAGGCCUCCAGCAGAUACUCGUUAAACCAAAAGAAUAUCAUGGAUAUGUUUCGUAAAGUAAGUUCUGCCGAAGAAAAUGUAACGAAGACUACGAAGACCACAAAGAUCACUAAACCAGCACUGUUGGGCUCAAAGGCGCUUGGUGAAAAGUUCAUAAAACGUUCACCUACCAUCUCUCAACCUAAGUUACAAACCCGUAGCGCACAUAUAAAAGCAUUUGAAGAUAUGCUAGGAAAACCACCAAAAUGUCAACAUGGAGAAGAAACGAUUCUUAGGACAUCCAAGACAGAUAAAACAUUUGGGAGAAAGUUUUGGGUCUGUAAGCGUUCUAAGGGUGAAAGUAACGAUCCUGAAGGGUCUUGUGGAUUCUUCCAAUGGAAGUAG